AUGCUUGAUGGUUCUCCUAAGUUACAAAUCCUCAAGCUCACCAACCUAUAUAGGUAUUGUGAAAAAGGAGACCGGAUCCCGGAACCGAAAUGUGUACCAGAAUGUUUGUUGUUCCAUCUUGAGACAUUCGUGUGGACAGGAUACCUAUGGGAACGAAGAGACGAGAAAGAAGUUGCCACAUACAUCCUAAGAAACACAAGACGAUUGAAAAAAGCAACUUUCUCCACAAAACCCAACUUUCUUAACAAAUUGGAAAAGAGACGUGAGAUGCUCGACGAGUUGGCUAGUGUGGGCAAGGCUUCAAAUUCAUGUAACUUUGUCUUUGAAUCCAUGUAAUGUCUUGAACUUUUACUAUGGUGCCAUUAGGAAUUCUAACGUCAAGUAAAAUUCUCAACUUAACAUAUCGAUAAUAAGCUAAGAUGCUAAAAUUUGGUUAUAUUUUUCAGGAAG